AGAUAUUGACACCAGUCAACAGUGUCAAUACAUCAAGGAAGGAGGAUGGUAUUAGAAUCAUCGAUUAUUACUCAGCGAUCGUUUUUGUACGCGGAGAGUGCGAGCGGCGAGUGCACGCGCGAAUAACAAGCAAGCUCUGGAUUCGCCAAGUAAUUGAAUGAUAUAAUAUGAAUGAGAAGUGUCCCCGCAAGCACAACAAUGGUGUAACGGUCAACGAAAUUUCAUCAUUUUUAUAAGCGAUAAAAACUAUUUAAAAGUCAGCCGUGAGUCUUAUUCUUCGUUUAACGCUCGCCGGAGACACACACCGGACAAUUACGCACAACGCACAGGGGGACCGGCACGCGUUUUCACAAGCAUGAUGUCGACUUUGAGAAUUUGUUGUGGCCCAGUACGCCAACGAUGGGUGUUUGCCUUCAUGGGCUUUUUGGCCCUCGUCAUGGCCUACGGUAUGCGCGUCAGUCUGUCCAUCGCCAUCACCGAAAUGACCAUCAAACCCGAGAACAACAAAAAACUUCCCAUCGAUGAUACAUGCCCCAUGGACGACGACUUGCCUCUUACGAACGUCACUUCCAGUUCCGGCACUUACAAUUGGGACGAGUACACGCAGGGCAUUAUCCUGUCCUCGUUCUACUGGGGCUACGUGAUAACUCAAUUACCCGGAGCUCUGCUGGCUGAAAAAUAUGGCGGCAAGCAUACGCUGGGCUUCGGGAUCUUGAUCACGGCCGCUCUGACGAUCGCCAUUCCCGAGGCCAUCAGGCUCGGUGAAUCGACGGCCCUCAUCGUGCUCCGCAUAUUCAUGGGCCUGUCCGAGGGCGUGACACUGCCGGCACUGAACGUCAUGCUGUCCCAGUGGGCGCCGCCGAGCGAGCGCUCCAAAACGGGCUCGUUCGUCUACGUCGGGGCGCCCCUGGGUGCGGUCUUCGCCACGGCCGUCUCGGGCCUCAUCCUCAAGCACAUGGAGUGGCCGAUCGUCUUCUACUUCUUCGGCGGCAUCGGGGCAGUCUGGUGGGUCAUCUGGUGCUUCGUCUGCUACAACACACCGCGCGAGCAUCCUUUCAUCACGCAGGAGGAGGCCGAGUACCUGCACCAGCAGCUGAGCGAGCACGCCCACGUCAAACCGCCACCGGUGCCGUGGCGUCAUCUGCUCACCUCGAUGCCGCUCUGGGCCCUCAUCGCCGUGCAAGUCGGCCACGACUGGGCCUUCUACACGAUAGCCACCGACUUGCCCAAGUACAUGAGCAGCGUGCUGCACUUCUCCGUGGAGAGCAACGGUUAUCUGAGCUCGAUGCCGUACAUCGGCAUGUGGCUCUGCUGCGUCGUCAUGUCCUGGAUCGCUGACCGACUCAUAUUCUCCAAAGUCUUGUCGAUCACGGCGGUGAGGAAGCUCGGCACGACCAUCGCCUCCAUAGGCCCGGGCGUCUUCAUAGUCAUGGCCUCGUACACCAAGUGCGACAAGGUCUUGACCGUCACCAUGUUCAUUCUCGGCGUGACGCUGCUGGGCAGCGGAAUACCGAGUCUGAAAGUCAACGCCCUGGAUCUGAGUCCGAAUUACGCGGGUACGGUGAUGGCCAUCAGCAACGGAGCCGCGGCUUGCACCGGCAUAUUGACGCCCUACAUCGUCGGAGUUCUGACGACAGAUCAGAAAAUCAGUCAGUGGAGAAUCGUGUUCUGGAUUAUAUUCGGUAUACUUGCAGCGACGAACCUGUUUUAUCUGCUAUUUGCCAGUGGCGAGGUCGCCGAAUGGAACGACCCCGAGCUCAUGAAGAGGAAAAAGGAGGAGAAAAAGAACAUGGUUAGCAAGGAAUUGAAUGUAUAAAAGCUGUAGUAUUUAUAGAGGGCCUCGAACAGGACGGCAUAUUUAAAAAAUUUAUUCGGAAUAUGCAGCAUUUAUUCUGUGAUUAGCUGAUUAUCGAGUACUUGAUUUCCAGUACUUAAUGCAUUAGGACUAAAAAAUGUUUUUCACCAGCAAAAGAACGACGUCAUUUUUAUGUGAUGUAGAUGAUUAUUCAAAUAUCAGCUACGUAGUUAAAAAAUUAUACAUUGUAAAUAGAAGCGUACAAUUUUGCACGAUUUCAUUGUAAAUAUACCAUUGACAUGUAGACAUUCUAUAAAAUACAUUCACAUAGUUUUCUGCUUUAAAGAUUUAAUUAGUUUAGUCAAAUACUAAGUUUAUUCAUUUCUAUAGUUUUCUCAAAGAGAAUAGCAUUUUUUGUAUUGUUGAUUAUAAGAAAAAAUAUAAUAAAAA